UUGAAUUGUAGGUCGCCCGGAAAGUGCGUUUCGCUUUGCUUCUCAUUUUUAAAAAGGUGCACGUGCUAUAAAAUUUGUGUACAGGAGCUGAAGUACUCGUUUCAAACCGCUGAUCGUCUCUGCUUUGUGAUGGAAUUCGCGAUUGGCGGCGAUCUAUACUACCAUCUGAACCGUGAAGUACAAAUUUCGAAGGAGGGCUUCUCUGAGCCCCGAGCUCGCUUUUAUGGAGCUGAGAUUGUUCUCGCGCUUGGCUACCUUCAUGCCAACAACAUCGUCUAUCGUGAUCUCAAGGUCUGCUACUGUCUAGAAAAUUUACUUCUUGACAAGGACGGACAUAUCAAAAUAGCUGAUUUUGGUCUAUGUAAGGAAGAGAUUAGCUUUGGCGACAAAACAAGCACAUUUUGCGGAACACCGGAAUAUUUAGCGCCAGAGGUAAGUUUCUGGCGAGCGCCUGCUUGGCUUUUUGCUUUGAGAUUUGAGAUUGAUACUUUAAAAUUUAGCUUUUUGAGAUGUUCAGCGAUCAUCUAG